AUGAUUAUUAUUUCUAAUCAGCAGGCGCAUCUUAGAUCAUUGCAUGGAGGUCCCCAGCUCACUCUGCACAUUUUGCGACAGAAUUUUUGGAUGCUAAAGGCGCGCAACUCUGUUCGUCACAUAAUUAAUCAGUGUAUUACUUGUGUUAGACAAAGGGCAAAAAUUCCAUCACAAAUGAUGGGUUACUUACCAACUGCUAGAGUGACAAGAUCGAGGCAGUUUGAACAUAGUGGUCUUGAUUAUGCAGGACCUCUUCUCGUUAGAUUGGGUAUUGGACAUGGUUAUAAAUCACAUAAGGCUUAUAUAGCUCUUUUUAUUUGUUUAGCCACGAGAGCUAUCUAUCUAGAAUUAGUAAGCGAUUGUAGCACAUUCUCCUUCUUAGCUGCAUUUAAAAGAUUUGUUUCGAGAAGAGGCCUACCCUCAAACCUUCAUAGCAAUAACGGCACAAAUUUUCAGGCCGCAAGUAAAGAAUUAAAAAUUGCUUUCCGAAAAUUACGUGCUGACGAAAAUGUGAGAAACUUUUUCGUCACCGAAAGCAUAACGUGGCAUUUUAUUCCCCCGUAUGCCCCUCAUUUUGGCGGCUUGUGGGAGGCGGCCCUCAAAAGUGUUAAGCACCACCUUCGUCGAAUAGUUGGAAAUCACACUCUCACAAUCGAAGACAUGUCUACCCUUCUCUGUCAGAUAGAGGCAAGUCUCCAGGCCUUUUUCUUACAGGAUCCCCUUUGCUCUCGAUACCAGAACCAUCAGUCCUUGAUUUGA